AUGAGCAGUGAAUUGGAGGGCACGACGCCCAAGGAUGCGCGCGCCGAUGGCUUCAAGCUCGCCGUCUGCGUGUACUGCGGCUCCUCGUUCGGCAACAGCGCCAAGUACGCCGACGCGGCCCGCAGCCUCGGCGAGCUCUUCCACCAGCUGCAGUGGAAGCUCGUCUACGGCGGCGGCACCACCGGCCUCAUGGGCACGGUCGCGCGCGCCACCAUGGGCCCCGACUGCGACGGCUACGUGCACGGCAUCAUCCCCAACGCGCUCGUCGCUAAGGAACGCGACGACAAGGCCGACCACAACGCGCUCCUCCACGCCUCCGUCGACAACCACACCGGCGUGACCCCCAUCAGCGAGGAGUACGGCGCCACAACCAUCGUCCCCGACAUGCACACGCGCAAGGCCAUGAUGGCCCGCGAGAGCGACGCCUUCGUCGCACUCCCCGGCGGCUACGGUACCCUCGAGGAGGUCAUGGAGUGCAUCACCUGGUCCCAGCUCGGCAUCCACCAGAAGCCCAUCAUCCUCUUCAACAUCGACGGCUUCUACGACAGCCUGCUCGCCUUUGUCGACCGCGCCAUCGCCGACGGCUUCAUCUCCCGCAAGAACGGCGACAUUCUCGAGGUCGCCACUUCGCCCGAGGAGGUCGUCCGCAAGAUCGAGAACUACCACGUCCCGGACGGCCGCUUCAACCUGCGCUGGGCCGACAUGUAG